UGAAACUAACGAAUUCACACUUUCUUUCUUUCUCUCUCUAUACUCCUUUUAAGUUUUAACUCUUUCUUUCUCUCUCUAAAUUCUAAAACUGACACCUGAACUCUCAUUUCUCUUCCUCUCUCCUUGGAGGAUGAAGCAGACCCGCCCGGAGCCACCCACCACCACCACUCCGGCCACCGUAGACCUUCACUUUCAUAGAUGACGAAACCACUCUUUUCCCAAUCCAGCGUCCUCUACCUUGCAUUUUUGGCUUUUUUUCUUUCUCUCCCAUUGACAAACUAUGCCUUGGGCUCCGGUUCUACCAUCGCGGUCAGCUCUUCCUCCACCUCCGCCACUGUGUGUGGCAUAGUGGCGGAGCAGUCUACUCAGAGUAUAGCAUGUUAUGUUGGUGGUGAAAUUAUAAGUAUCCAACCCAACGUCUCAUUCUCUGCAAUUUCUGGUGGUGAAAACUUUCUUUGCGGUCUCCGGUCAGGCGGCUACGCUUUCUUCUGUUGGGAUAAAUCAAAUACAAGUAAUAUUUUAAAUUUCACGGAGCCACAAAGGGUUUACUUUAACAGAACUGUUCUAUUACAAAAUCUCGCGGUUGGUGGGAAUCAGGUUUGUGCAAUUUUAAAUGAUACAGCUGGUGCUAAUGGCACUAAUACUGUUAAAUGCUGGAGAGGUGAGGGUAAUAUUAGUAACCAAAAACCAGCAGAUGGUGAUCUAUUUGAGUCAAUUUCAUCUGGGUUUGGGUUUUCUUGUGGGAUUUUGAUAAAUAAUAGAAGAAUUAGAUGUUGGGGUGGUAACCGAAUUGCAAGUGAAAUUGAAUCCCAAUUUGGGAAUACUUCAAUGGUGUAUAUUGCAGCUGGUGGGUCUCAUGUUUGUGGAUUGAAUUCAACUGGGUUUUUGGUUUGUAGAGGGGAUAAUAGCUCUGGUCAGUUAAAUGUUCCUUCGAAUUCUCCUAUUAGAUAUUCACAAUUGGCUCUUGGGGCUAAUUAUAGCUGUGCACUUAGAAAUGAUAAUGGAUCAGUGGUUUGUUGGGGAGGAGGAGGUGUGUAUUCUGUUAAUGGAACUGUUGGGGUUUCUUUUGAGUCUAUUGUUUCAGGGUCUAAUUUCAUUUGUGGAUUGACUACAAGGAAUUUUUCAAUUAUUUGUUGGGGGCCAGGGUGGCCUAAUGUGGAUGUCGCUUCCAGAGUUCAAAUUCUUCCAUUGUCUAUGAAGAUUCUUCCUGGGCCUUGUGUGCAAUCUUCUUGUGAAGGUAGAAUGUAUCCAGAUUCAGCAAGACUAUGUCAUGGUUCAGGGAAUGUUUGUUACCCUCCAAAUUUGAAUUUUUCAAUCUUUCCGCCUCCAUCACUAUCACCCCCAGCAUUGCCAUUGCCUCCAUCGCCUCCCAUGUUGCCUGUGCCAUCUUCUCCUUCAAAGAAAUUGACAACUGGGUUAUUGGUAUUCUGCAUUAUUGGAUCAGUAGGUGCUUUUGCUGGAAUUUGUACAAUUGUUUAUUGCUUAUGGACUGGAGUUUGUUUUGGUAAAAAGAAAGUGCAUAAUUCAGUUCAACCAACAAUAACUAGAGCUGGUUCUAAUGGAGGCACAACAUCAAACAAUAGUGGCAUCCUUUCACGAUCAUCUACUAUUAGGCGCCAGAGCUCAAGAGCAAUGAGGCGCCAAAGGAGUGGAACCUCAUCGAAACACGCAGAUAGGGCUGAAGAAUUUAGUCUGGCUGAGCUUGCUGCUGCUACUAAUGAUUUCUCACCUGAGAAUAAAAUUGGUGCAGGUAGCUUUGGAGUUGUCUAUAAAGGAAAAUUGGCAGAUGGUCGCGAGGUUGCAAUCAAAAGAGGGGAAACAGGGCAAAAGACAAAGAAGUUUCAAGAGAAAGAGAGUGCAUUUGAAUCUGAAUUAGCAUUCUUGUCAAGGCUCCACCAUAAGCAUUUAGUUAGGCUCGUUGGGUAUUGUGAAGAUGGAGAUGAGAGACUUUUAGUUUAUGAGUACAUGAAGCAUGGAGCUUUAUAUGAUCAUUUACAUGACAAAAACAAUAUUCACAAGAAUAGUAGUGUGAUCAAUUCUUGGAAAAUGAGGAUCAAGAUUGCAUUAGAUGCUGCUAGAGGAAUUGAGUAUCUUCACAAUUAUGCAGUCCCGCCAAUAAUUCACAGAGACAUCAAAUCUUCUAAUAUAUUGCUCGAUUCAAAUUGGAUAGCAAGAGUUUCUGAUUUUGGAUUGUCAUUAAUGGGUCCCGAAACUGAACGUGAUUACAGGCCAAUGAAGGCAGCAGGAACAGUUGGUUACAUUGAUCCUGAGUACUACGGUUUAAAUGUAUUAACAUCAAAGAGUGAUGUCUAUGGCCUUGGUGUAGUGUUACUCGAACUUUUGACAGGAAAAAGAGCUAUAUUCAGGGAUGACAAUAAUGGAGGCAUGCCAACAAGUAUUGUGGAUUUUGCAGUGCCAAGAAUUAUGUCUGGUGAAUUGGUUAAGGUUUUAGAUCCCAGAGUCGGUCCGCCGGAGCUUAAUGAAGCAGAGGCAAUGGAGUUAGUGGCUUAUACUGCACUUCAUUGUGUAAAUUUGGAAGGGAAAGAUAGGCCAACUAUGGCUGACAUUGUUGCUAAUUUGGAGCGAGCAUUGUCUCUAUGUGAUGGUAGCCAUGGCAGCAUCUCUAGUGGUACAAUCUCAAUUGUUUCAGAAUGAAAAGGAAAAAAAAAAAAAAAAAAAAUCGAUUUUUAUAAUUUUUUUAGAUUAUUUAUUUGAUAUACUUUUGGAAUUGGUGUAAAGAAUUAGGAUUUUCUUUCCUUUUCUUUUUUGCUGAAUUUAGUAGGAAAAUCUAACAUUGAGCUGUAGAGUAGGAUUUUAUUAUGAACACUGACAGCAAAUGAUAAUUGUUACAUGAUUUUUAUUCUCAUAAA